AUGCCGUCCAAGAAGAAGCCUCGCUCAUCGUAUCGGUCGUCUCUUGCGGACAAUGCGCGUCCAGGAGGACCUACAACUAUGGACGUCCUUUUGAGAUGGAUCACGAAGCCUGGAAAUGUGAAACGCUGGCGUAUGGAAACACACAGUCCACUCGUUCGUGAGGUUGUCGAGAUUAUGCAGGAGGAAGGACUGGCACACCGUCAAGCUCCUUUUGUGCGUUAUAAACUGGACGCUAUUGAGAAACAAUACAUUACAGCAAAACAGUGGCUAUUAGAGACGGGAAUGCAUGAUGCGUAUAUGCGUGGAAAGGCUUCAAAAGAAGUGAAGGUUCAUGUGGAGAACGUGUGUCCGCAGUUUAAGAGACUGGACCCGGCAUUUCGAGGCGUCUCGUUUAGUAAGAGGAAUGCAGAGCUUAUUGAGCUGGAUGGAGACAGUUUUGAGGACGUGGAAGUGAGAGAGGUACAAGGUAAGAAGGGGGAAGAAGAUGAAGAGAGUGAAGAGGAGAGUGAGGAGGAGGAAAGAGGUGAAGAAAAUGAAGAAGAAGGAGAGAACAGUGAUCAUUCAGUGGAUACAGCUACAAAGAAUGGGAACAGUGUGAUUCAAGCUUUGAACAAGAAGACAGCGACGUCGACGGAGCCUCAGAAAAGGACCACUUUUAGAGAUCGACUCUUCUCGUCGACGGCUAGAGUUGCUGAAAAAGGAGCUUUAUCAUCUGCUGAGUUGCAAAAGAAGUCAAAUGCAGGUAAAAAACAGCUUUCAUCUUCGACAGCUAAUGCCAUUGGGAAAGAAAAAACGUCGACACUAGCUGAGCCGCAAAAGAAGACCAAUGGUCGGGUUGUGUCUUCGAUUGUGAACGAUUCUGGGAAAGAAAAGGCUAUAACACCGGAUGAGUCAGAGAAGAACAAAAGUAGGUCGAAAGAAUCGACUGUGUCUGCGGCUGUGGAAGUAGCAAAGCCGCACACUGGAUUGGAGGAUGUAACGAGUACUCCGUCUCCUGCCAAAAAGAGGAGGGGACGACUUCCGAAAGCUGUUGCUGCUGUACGUCCUACGAGGAAUGAAGCAACGAAGACUGCAGUGAGUGCGAAUGCUAAGAACGAGGCGCCUCUACAAUCGACGGUUAUUACACGAAAACGAAAGGUCUCGGAGGAGGAGCCGAGCACCGUUAAAGAAACGUCAACGAAAAAGUCGGACGAGGCGAACGAGGAGCUAAUGACGAUUGAGCGUGAGGCGCUUCUGGAACGCGUUAAGGAAGCGCAGAAGCAACGUCAUGAAGUAUACAAGCUGGAGCGCUCCAAACUGGAAUGUGAGCUGGAGUCUAAACGGGUUCAGCUGCUGUUUGAAAAAGCUUCUGCGCGAAAGAAGCUUGAUCUACUUGGUGUAUCUGAGGAAGAAAUUGACCGUAUUUUGCCGCUAUGA